AUGUCCAACUACUGCGAACCACUCGUCCAAGCCCUCAAGGACUGCCUUCUUCACUCAGAUUGCGUCCUCAAACAAAAUAAACUCCCAUCGGAUUGCUUGAAGAAUCAUAUUAACGAACUUCCGGAGCAGUGCCGCCAGCUACGGCAGGCUACCUUCGAGUGCAAACGGGGGAUGCUGGAUAUGAGGAAGAGGUUUAGGGGGAAUAACGGAGGCGCUACCUUGCACAAGACCCGAGAAGAUUUUGAAGAAGAUCCUGUCGCUAUGAGCCCUAGUGGAACCGCAGACGCACCGAUAUCAUGAUACAUUAUCGGUGACGAGAAUACCAUCACUACCCUGUCCGUCACCUCAAGCACUGCAUCUCAGGUUCAGAGACUUUGAAUGUCCAAGGAGGAUUGUACGUAGAUACGAGAGGG